AUGAUUUUGAAAAAAAAAUUAAUACAUAGUGAAAGUCGAAUUGUUAUUUUAUGGGUUCAAUCCAAUUAUAUACCUUUAAUAUUAGAAGAUGCUCUUAAGUUUGAUCUAGUUGGUCCUGAAUUCAUAUGGAUAUUAAGUUCAAGUAUUUCAUUAGAUUCCUUUAAUAAAAAAUAUCAUGAAAACUUAAUUGGACUGUUAACUAUUGAACCAGUUGCAACAAUUACUCUAAAUGCUCCAUUAAAUACAGCAUUAUUAAAUGCAGCAUAUGAUAUAUGGCAAAAAUAUGAAUCAGAAUCAUUUCCUGGAUCAUCAAAACUUAAUUUAAAUAAUCUUACAGAUCGAAUCACUGAGGUAUAUUACUAUGUACAAAAUCUGCAAUCAUUUUCAAACGGUUUGCAUUUUGUUUCCGUAUUAGAAUAUUCUAAUACUAGUUAUUGGUAUCUGUAUAAACAAACCACUGUUAUUUUUUGGCCAGGAAAUUCAUUAAUCACUCCAACUGAUCGAGCAAUACUUAAAGAUAUAAAUUUACGAAUUGGCGUUAUUGAAUCAGUUCCAUUUACAAUAAUAACAAAGUUUAUGGAUGAAUUUGGGCAGAAUACAACAAAAUUAACCGUACCGCCAAAUCAAACGUAUUCAGAAGUAAUUCAAGCUGUAGCUAACGGUGAUUAUGCUAUUGUCAUUGGUGAUGUCAUAGUUACCGCUACACGAAGAGAAUCAGUCGAUUUUUCUAAUGCCAUAUUUGAUAAUUCUUUACGAAUCAUAACUCGAAGAACAUUUGAUGUUAAUAUUGAUCUUUUAUCAUUUUUAAAACCAUUUUCAUGUCAACUUUGGUUAUUAGUUUUCGAUGUUUGCAUCUAUGCUGCUUUUUUACUUUGCCUUAUUGAAAGACAAGAUAAUGAAACAUUACAAAAUCGAUCCAUAUUAUCUCAAUUUCUAAUGAGUGUUUGGUAUUCUUUUGGCAAUAUUGUUGGAUAUGGUGUUGAUUUUAACGCUAAUACAGCUGCUGAACGUUUAUUAACUGCUGGAUUAUAUAUGUUAAGUUUAAUGUUAUUAGCAACAUAUACUGCAAAUUUAGCAUCUAAUCUAACAAUAUCGAAAUCAAAAGAUAUUAUUUCGGGCAUUGAUGAUGUCAAAAAUGGAAAAAUUUCAUUUAAUCGUAUUGAUAUUCGUGUGGAUACAACAAUUGAAGAAUAUUAUUUAAGAAAAAUAUCUUUUGGUAGUCGAAAUUAUUAUCCAUUAAAAUCUCGACAAGAAUUGUAUGAUAGUCUACUAGCAGGCAGUAUUGAUGUUUCAUUCAUGGAUGCUAGUAUAGCGGAAUAUAUUACGAAUAAUAUUUAUUGUAAUUUAACUUUAAUUGGAAAAGAUUUUCAUAAAGGUGAUUAUGGUAUUGUUACUGAAAAACAAUGUUUAUAUGCCAAAGAUUUAGAUGUUAAUAUUUUAUCAUUAAGAGAAUCAGGUCAACUUGAUGAGUUAAGACGAAAAUGGUUUCAAAAAAAUAAUUGUCGUGGUUCAUUUGAGACAUCGACUGUCAUAAAAAUUGAAUCAAUGGGUGGUUUAUUUUUAAUUUUUGGACUUAUUACUAUUCUAUCAUUCUUAUUAUUUCUAUGGUCGAAACGGUCUACUUUUAAAAAUUAUUUCUCUAAUUUAUUAUAUCGAAAGAAAUCUUCUGGCAAAAAAAAGACUCAAUAA